ACGGACUAUGCUGCUCUCCAAAGACAUGGAUCCCCACACCACUCAUCUCCUCACCCCACCCUCAGGCCUCCUGCGACAGAGCCACCCUGAGGCAGGAACCUCGAACCCUUUGGGAAGCCACGAGGCCGCUGCCUUGUCCAAGGAACCUGGGUUGGAGGGCAACAGUACCGCUUUGCAGUAUGGGUUGAUGCCUGGAGAAAUUGUUAUCGCCAGCUUGCUCUGGGGUGUGUUGUGGUUAUUCUCUGUCUUCGGAAACUCCCUGGUUUGCCUCGUCAUCUACCGGAGCAGAAGGACCCAGUCGACCACCAAUUAUUUUGUGGUUUCCAUGGCCUGCGCAGACUUGCUGAUUAGCGUCGGGUGCACCCCGUUUGUACUGUUCCAGUUAGCCUCCGACCGAUGGACUUUUGGGAGCAUGAUGUGCAAGGCAAUAAGGUAUUUUCAGUAUCUCACCCCUGGGGUUCAAAUUUAUGUCUUGCUGUCCAUCUGCAUUGACAGGUUCUACACUAUUGUCUACCCGCUAAGUUUCAAAGUGACGAGGGAAAAGGCUAAGAAAAUGAUUGCGGCAUCUUGGAUCUUCAACGCGGCCUUGAUGUCUCCAGCUUUCAUCUGGGGGGGCUUGGACAGAGACAAUCACUGCAGAUUCUUCCCCCCCUAUUCUUGGGACAGGACUGUUUACAGUAUCAUUCACGUGUUAGUAGCCUUUCUGAUUCCAUCGGUUCUCAUCAUCCUCUUUUACCAAAAAGUAAUCAAGCACAUUUGGAGGAUCGGCACCGAGGGCAGAACAGUCCGGAGGACCAUGAAUGUUGUCCCCAGGACAAAAGUGAAAACAAUCAAAAUGUUCCUGAUGCUAAAUGCUCUCUUUCUCCUCUCAUGGCUCCCAUUUUAUGUGGUUCAGCUUUGGCACCCACUUGAGACAGACCGUAGGAGAAACUCCCUGGUUUUUUUGACGGUGACUUGGAUAUCGUUUAGUUCCUCAGCCUUGAAACCCACGUUGUAUUCGGCGUACAAUGCCAACUUCAGGAGGGGGAUCAAGGAGACUUUCUGCAUGUCCUCCAUGAAAUGUUAUCGGAGUAACGCAUACACCAUCACGGCCAGCUCCAAGGUGGCCAAAAAAAAUUACGUGGGGAUCUCAGAAAUCCCUGCUGCACCAAAAACUGUUUCCAAAGACUCCAUAUAUGAUUCUUUCAAUAGAGAAGCAAAAGAGAAAAAACUUGCCUGGCCUAUUAAUUCUAACCCACCAAAUACAUUUGUGUAAUUAAUGCCAGUCCUUUCAAAU